AUGUCCUUGUCAUCAUCAUCAAGUCAAUCAGACUCUCACUUUCCUUCAUAUAUAAAAGAACAUGUUGGCAAUUACGUUUCAGUAUAUUGGUACGACGAAGAAUUUUCACAAAGUCGAUAUCCACCAGGACAAAAAAUCAGUAAAGCAUGUACUCUUAUUUGUCUUCUCGUCGCCCAACGAAUAACCGAAAAAGGAUUAUUGAUAUACGAUGUAGAAACAUCUCCUGAAAUUACUAAUCAUAUAGCUGAAGCUAUGGUAGAGGGUAAUGCAACUCACGCAUGGAUUGUUAAAAAUGGAUUAGUUUCUCAUCCAUACCUCAGUACAGAGGAAGCAUUAAGACUUGGAGGCCAAAGUUUAAGUAUAUUACAAGAAUGGACUUUUGAAGUGUUUUAUGAAAGAAUUGAAAGGGGUUUGCACCAACACAUAAGUAACUUUUUAAGUAAAUGGUACGCAUCACCAAAGUCACAAAACUUGUUCAUGCUUCUUAUUACUUGUGGUCGCACAGUUUUAUUUAUAUUUCAAGAAAAAACUUACAUGGUGACUUUUUUUGAUUCUCAUAGUCAUAAUACAAUCACAAGGGCAAACAGAGGAUUAGUUAUUGCACAGACGACUAUAGAUAAGUUGCAAUUAUUAUGCAAGUGGUACAUCGAGGAUAUAUUAAACAAAUGUUACAACAUGAAAGCAGAUCAAUAUGAGCUAGCUUUUUUAUAUCCAAAAGAUACUGAAUGCUGUGGAUGUGGUUCUUCCUGUACCUGUGGGAAUCAUUGCAAAAUGCAUAACAACAAUCCAAUCAGAUGA